AUGACUACUCCUGCUAAUCCUACAGAAAAUUUAAUGUCUGAAUCUUCUUCGAGUUUACCUGUAGAUACUUUACCUAUCCUUCCAGAUCCACCGAAAGAACCAUUCUUGGAGGUGCAAGAGGAUCAAUUCGUCAUGAUCACUGAUCCCGCUGUAUGGAUAAUUAACAAUCACCUACGAGAUCAUUUAGCUAUUCAUGGCAUUGAACAAAAUAUUAGUACGGAUUUUCCUCUGAGUAAGAGAACUCGUGUUGUAUCACAUAAAAAUUCGUUGGAACAUAAAUUAUGUGCUUUGAGUUUGAAGAAAAGAGGAAGUAUUUGUGGUCGCAUUGAUAAAAAACUUACAGCUCAACUCGACGAAGAGAUUUCUUACUGGAAGAACGUCUUAAAACGUGUAGUAGCUACAAUUAAAGCACUUGUGCCAAGGGGUCUUCCUUUUAGAGGAGACAAUGAAAAAUUCGGAUCGGUGUAUAAUGGCAAUUACCUAAUGUCCUUAGAACUCAUAGCAGAAUUUGAUCCAUUUUUAGCUGAUAAUAUUUCGAGAUGUGGCAAUCCAGGCAGUGGUCAUACAAGUUACCUCUCGUCUACGAUUUGCGAAGAAUUCAUACAAUUAAUGGCAAAACAAAUGACAAACGUUAUCGUUGAAGAAAUACAGGCAGCAAAACAUUUUUCAAUUAUUGUCGAUUCUACGCCUGAUUUAUCUCAUGUCGAUCAAUUAACAAUAAUCAUUCGUUAUGUACAAGAUGACGGCUCGCCUAUUGAGCGCUUUCUCGAAUUUAUUCCUAAUGUAGGUCAUACCGCAAAGAAAAUUUCUGGCGCUGUUAUUGAAUCAUUGGAAAAAUUUGGGAUUGACAUUGAGAAUUGCCGCGGGCAGUCUUACGAUAAUGCCUCAAAUAUGAGUGGCAUUUACAACGGGCUGCAAGCACAAAUUAAGAGACUUUCCCCACAAGCUGAAUACAUUUUGUGUGCAACGCAUUCGCUCAAUUUGAUUCGUGAUGAUAGUUUUGAUAGUUUAUGA